AUGGCGUCAUCUCCUGAGCGGGAAGAAGUGUUUCGUUUUGACAUUUAUGUCAUGAACGUUACACUUGAUGACUGCAUGGAGAACCUUGCACAAGAAGAAAGCGAAAGAUUUAUAAAAUUAUGA